AUGAGUGGGCUUUUUGAAUGGGCUUUUGGAAAGAAGCUGACGCCACAGGAAAGGCUUCGGAAGAACCAACGAGCUUUAGAGAAAACCCAAAGAGAACUCACAAGAGAAGUGACCAAACUUCAACAACAAGAAAAGAAGCUUACUAGUGAGAUUAAGAAACUGGCUAAAGCUGGACAAAUAACCAGUGCCAAGAUUCAAGCUCGUGAUUUAGUUAGAACCAGGAAUUAUGUUCAAAAGUUUAAUUCUGUCAAGACACAAUUACAAGCCAUUAGUUUAAGAAUUCAAAGUGUACGGACCAAUGCUCAAAUGGCUACAUCAAUGAGAGAUGCCACCAGAGUAUUAAAUGGGAUGAAUAGAAGUAUGAAUUUACCUCAACUUAGUCGGAUAGCUCAAGAGUUUUCCAAGGAGAAUGAUUUAAUGGAUCAAAAACAAGAGUUUAUGGAUGAUGCUAUUGAUGAUGCUAUGGCUGAUGAUGAAGAAGUCGAAGAGGAUGAACAAGUGGAUGAGAUAUUGAACAAAGUAUUAGAUGAGAUUGGAGUUGAUUUGAAUACAACUUUGAAAGACACUCCUAAUGCUAUUCAUAGUGGAGGAGAGGCUGUUACCAAUGGAAGAAUUGCUCAAGCAGCCGGAGGUGGAUCCUUUGGACAAACUGGUGGAGAAGAUUUUGAUGAAAAUGAUUUACAAGCUAGAUUAGAUAGUUUGAAAAAGUAG